AUAUACCUUUAUGCAAGGAAGUCAGUACCACAAAAUUUGAAGUUCUACUUAUGAUCCUUAAUUUUGCGUUGAGACAUGAAAUUACAGAUGUAGCUAUACAAGAUCUUUUGAGACUCAUAAACUUUAUUUUCAAGAGAAAAAAAUUAUUGAAACUGAACAUUGUUUUCGAGGUAUAUUUAAAACUGAAUUAAAGUCAGAUUUUCAUUUUUACUGUAGUAAUUGUAACACUUACUUGGGAAAACAUUCCAUUUCCAAAGAAAAAAGAUACAGGCAAAACAUUAAAUGUCCUACAUGUGAUACAGACUGUAACAUUUGCAAAAUGAAUAAUGGACAUUUCUUUAUAACUUUUUCAAUGGCAGAACAAAUAAGAACAUUAUUGGAGACAACCGAAAAUAUAAUGGAAUUGCUAUGCUACAGAGAUAAAUAUCUAUAUGAAAAUGAUAUAUUUGAUACGUUCAGUGGAACAAUCUAUAAGGAUUUAUGUAAAAAUGGGUCAAUUUUGUGCAACAGAAAUAACUUAAGCAUAACUUUUUAUACAGAUGGGUGCCCUGUUUUUAAAUCUCGCAAAAAUACAUUAUGGCCAAUUCAGUUUAGACUUAAUGAAAACACAAUGAUAUGUGGACUUUGGUUUGGAGAUAAAGAUCCAGAUAUGAUUCAAUUUCUUUCCCCUUUUUUAUGUGAAGCCAAAAAAUUGCACUCUGAAGGACUAAAUUGGACAUCUCCAACUGGAGUUCGCAUUAACAGUAAAAUUAUUGUUUUAAACUGUGUUCUUGAUUCUAUAGCAAAACCCCUAGUUCAACAAAUAAAGCAAUUUAAUGGUUUUUAUGGAUGUAGUUACUGUACUCAUCCUGGUUACGGUCUAAUGCCAUCUGUUGAUCUUGAUACAAAUCCAAUUACAGUUAAAUAUGCUAUGAAUAUAGGUGAUAAUUUUGUUAUCAAUAUGCUUCAAGAUAAUAGUCUUACUUAUACCGUGACGCGAAUUGAAAGAGCUACUAACAUCACGAAAAUAUACGAAGUUGAAGAUCGAACCAAUGAUGGUAUCAGGAAAGAUAUGUUACAGGUUGAACAAACUGGUAUAGAAGUUCGUGGAGUUAAAGGUAUUAGUCCUUUAGCAGUUCUUUUAGAGUUUAACCUUGUAAAUGGAUUCGUAUUAGAUUAUAUGCAUUGCGUCCUUUUAGGUGUAGUCAAAUUUGUCACUUGCCUGUGGUUAGAUAACUUCUUGCAAUACGUCCACCUUCAAGUUUUCCAAGACUUCUCAGAUCACUUAAAGAGCGUUCUUUUUGGAAAGCUAAUGAAUGGCGUGCAUGGCUUCUUUAUUACAGCCUGCCAUGUUUGA